AUGCCUUCCCUUCCUAUUCAAUCUUUACCGUCAUCUAUUGCUCCUUCCUCUCCUCUAUCCUCCUCAGCAGUAGCCACCACUGCUCCGACCUCUAAGAUGCAGACCCAGGAGCUAGCGCAGAUUGAGCUCCAGGACCGCUUGAACCUCUAUAACAUCAAGGCGCUACACUACAUGCGAACCCAGCGGCCAAAGAAUAUAUCAAGAGCUUACAUUAAUAAGCAUCAGGAAUGGCAGAAGUUCCAAGGAAGUAUUGGGACGAACAGCUUCCUUAACCCCCGUAGAUAUACUGUUUCGGCCUUUAUGACUGGCCGACUACAUAAGGAAAGCGAGCGAAAACGCGAGCAGUAUCUUGACCGAGCCACAGGCACCCUGCAGGAUGGAUAUUCCAAGGAUAAAAUUAAGGACUUUUGGUAUAAUUUCCACUUCUUCAAGGGCUUAGACCGAGAGAAGCCCAUCCCAUACGAGAUCCAGCUGAAAUGGGCCAACGAGAUUUUUAACGCAAUCAAUCUCUCUACCGAUAAGAAGACACAUGCUGGCCGAGCCCAGGGGUCAAAACAAGCUGAGCUAGAAGGCGAUGACCCUAUUUUUGCCCGAGAAGACUAUACUACAUUUGCAGAGCAAAUACGGCAGUCCCUUCUUUGUACAGAGAUCCCCCAAGAGAUUCAGCUCCGACAGACAUUUCCUAUUAUUGCCGAUCGUCUUAGUAUCCUCCAAAAGGAUAUACACCAGGCCGUUGAUUUCCAUGGCUACCAGGCCCGUGAACAGCUUAGGAAGAUUGCCCGCCAGCUUGAGGAUCUCCUUUCUGGCCAGGUCACCUUUGCCGUACGAGCCAUAGACACUGGAGCGCGGACACCAGACUCAUUCACACCUUCCUCUCAGCUAGCAGCAUGUCUGUCUGAGACAUCAUCUUUGCAGCAGCAGCUACCUAGCCAGCUUCUUCCGCAGGGGAUCAACACUCUCUCCCUAUCUUUACUUCCCUCCCAGGCUCUCUACUCCCUCUCUCGCACGAUCCAGUCUGUGCCGGAAGUCUGGAGAGAGUGGACAUGUGGGUUAGGCGCAAAUCCAUCUAUCCAGUCAUUAGAGAUAUCGUACGGUGCUGCCUGGCGGCCUUCCUCUCGCGAAAUUUGCCGGCAAAAAGUUAUUAUCGACGAGAUCUAUGCUAGGCAUGGCAAGGGGCAGUCUCUAGAUGCAGCUGUAGAAGAGUUAGAGCUUGUCCGCUGCAGAGGCAAGCUUUCGCAUUACCAACUAUCUCAGCUUCUAUCAAAAGCUCGCUAG